AGAGGAUCCCUUUCUUAUGUGCAGAUCUCUGGCAAGAAAGACCCUCCGAUCAGCUCUUCCAAGAAUAAGUUAAAAACACUCAGCUGGCAAGAACGGCGAAAACUUGAAAGAGAAAGAAAACAGAAAGAAGAGGAUGAGCAAACAUUGGCAAAAGUGGAAGCUCCAAUACCACAAUCCAACAUUGGGUUUAAGCUGCUCAAACAAAUGGGUUAUACGCCCGGUGCUGCCCUUGGCAAAGAGGGUUUGGGUAGGGCUGAGCCAGUGGGGAUUGAGAUUCGACGAUCGCGAGCUGGUAUUGGCCUAGAUGAUCCUCACAAGGAGAAGAGGAAAAAGGAGGAAAUCAUCGCUGAGAGAAAAAGGAGGAAAGAGGAGGAUCUAAUGCAAGACUUUGGGUUGAGACAGAAGUCGCGAUGGCAGAGUAAGAGAGUUGUAGCCAAUUUCCAUAAGGCAAAGGUUGCCCUUGAUCAAUUAGAGAAUAGAGAAAUCAUUGAACCGGAAAAGAAUGAGGAUGAUGAAGAAAAGGAAGAUGAGGAAGAGGAAGAAAUAACAGAAGAGGUACGUAACUAAAAGGUUAUAUUUUUGGUUGAACGCUCCUUUUAACCAUGUUUUGGUAUUGAUUUAUGUUGCAUCCCUGAAUAACACAUGGAAACAGCACAAAUGUUUUCUUUUUCUCUUGAUCUUAACUGCUCAGGCACACACAUUAAGUCAA